GCUCUGUGACUGCCCCGCCUACUGGAAGCUGUCAAUGCUGAUGUGAUUCAUCAAUGUUUUUUGGGGCUCGGAGUAUAUCUAAAAGACUUAUUAAAUCAAGUUUCUAUCAGCUUCACUAUCUGCGCAGAGGCUUUUUAACCUCCUCUUCAAUUUCUUACCCAUUUUACUCUACCUGUCGUCCUUCCCAUCACUUCCGCAGCCUCCAUCAAUCUAAACCCCCUCCUGCUUCCAUGGAUUUAAAGUCAGUACUGGAAAUCCUUGAAAAGCUGGCUCCGCUCUCCUUGGCUGAAUCAUGGGAUAACGUCGGGCUCCUGGUCGAACCGGGAAGACUACGUCCGAUCGGAACCAUCGUGCUCACUAACGAUCUCACGGGCGCGGUCAUGGACGAGGCCGAAGCCAUGACAUGCGACCUGAUCGUUUCAUACCACCCGCCCCUGUUUCGACCGAUCAAACGACUUGUCCAGAGGGACUGGAAGCAGCAACUGGCGAUCAGAGCCAUUGAGAGCGGAAUGGCCAUUUUUUCACCACACACGUCGUGGGACAGCGUCAAAAAUGGCCUCAACGAUUGGCUGAUCGGAGGAUUAGGUAGUGGAAAGGUCUCCGUGGUAAGCCAGGCUCAUUGUAGCACCCCGCCAAAGCAUAGAUUGGAGUUCACCGCCAGGGAUGAAAAGGAGCUGAAUGACAUCUUGGCGCUGCUAAGGGGGACGGAAAACAGUGAAACGUUUCAGUAUACUAUGCUAAGGGCCGAGGAAGGGGGUCAUCAGGUGAUCCUUACCUGUUUAAGCUCGUCGCUGAACUCUGUCGUUCAGGCCGUGUUGGGAAACGCCACAGCCAGCCACUCCCUCAGCAUCACACAAGUCCAGCAGCCCCCUUUGCUAGGUUGUGGCCAAGGCCGCUAUUCCGCGUUGGAUGAGCCUGUAUCGGUGGGCGUGGCCGUCCAGAAAAUGAAGGCGUACCUUGGCCUGCCUCACCUCAGACUGGCCCUUGGAGAUCAGAAAUCGUUAGACUCUGUAGUGAAGAGCGUGGCUGUGUGUGCCGGGUCAGGAGCUUCUGUCCUGCAGGGGGUGAAAGCCGACCUCUACGUCACAGGUGAAAUGUCUCAUCAUGAGGUGCUGGACGCAGUCUCUAAAGGCACUAGUGUUAUCCUGUGUGAGCACAGUAACAGCGAGAGAGGUUUCCUUCCCGUGUUCAAGGAGCGCCUGUGCGCACUUCUACCAGACUCUGUUAAAGUAACUGUUUCACAAAGUGACCGAGACCCGCUGCAAGUGGUGUGAGCUUUAUUCUCAUGCAAAUAAAUACGUCACAUUAAGAAGAACUAAUAAAAUAGAAACUAUAAUGUC